UAUGUAUCAACUUGUUCAGAGUCAACAGUCUGUGUCUAUACAUGUAAUAAAGCUUAUAUUUUCUUUAUAUAAAUUCAUACUCAUCUUCUACUUUAAUCAAUUUCUUCAUCAUCUUCUGCCACGCAUCCACCUUUCUUUCUUAUUUGUUUAGACAUUAGCAGGGUUUAAGGAAGAUGGCUCAUAUGGGAUCAAGCAAAAACAGAGGGGAGGUGAGAAUUCAUGAAAGUUUGGAUGAACUCAGCACAGAUUUGGCUGAUUACAUAGCCGAAUUAUCCGAGGCAUCGGUUAAAGAACGCGGGUUUUUCGCCAUUGCGUUGUCGGGUGGCUCCAUCAUCAGCUUGAUGAGGAAUCUAUGUGGAGCUCCUUAUAACAAGACUGUUGACUGGUCAAAAUGGUAUAUAUUUUGGGCAGAUGAAAGAGUGGUUGCCAAGAACCAUGUUGAUAGCAACUAUAAGCUUGCUAAAGAUCAUCUUUUGUCCAAGUUACCUAUUGUACCUAGUCAUGUACAUUCCAUCAAUGAUUCUCUAACCGCAGAAGAAGCUGCAAACGAAUACGAGUUUGUGAUCAGGCAACUAGUCAGGACCCGUGUGGUCGACGUAUCCGAGGUCAGCGACUGCCCGAAGUUUGACUUAAUUCUUCUAGGGAUGGGUCCGGAUGGGCACGUGGCAUCUUUGUUUCCGAAUCAUUCGGCUCUUGAAGAAAAGAACGAAUGGGUGACAUUUAUCACCACGUCCCCUAAGCCUCCGCCCGAAAGAAUCACCUUCACACUGCCUGUUAUCAACUCUGCCGCCAAUGUGGUGGUGGUGGUGACAGGUGGCGGGAAAGCGGAGGCUUCCCGGAUGGCGAUAGGUGAUGUGGGACCCGAGUGUCCGGUUUUGCCAGCUAGGAUGAUUGAACCAACUGUAGGGAAACUUGUGUGGUUUUUGGAUAACCAGGCUGCUUCAAAGCUCUAGGGCUUUUCUCAAUUUUCUAAGUAGAGAAAUUUAAGCUCUAAAUGUGGUGGAAGAUUCAUAAUUGUUUGUUAUCCCUUUUUUGGACCCUUUUUUUUCAUUAAGUAUAGGUGUUUGACGAUUUUACCCUUGAUUAAAUACUAUCUUAAAGUAUUGAAAAUGGUCUUGUAUGUAAUGAUUCUAGAAUUACAAGAACCGCAUAAACACUUGUUUUUCGUUAAUACCAUACAUUAUCUCA